AGCCGUUGCUUCAUAAUUCGCAAAUGAUGGCUGUUCGGCAUGGCCCCUUGCAAUGACGCAUGUGGCACCAUGCCAGGCCGCAUUUGCUGUAGGCCGUUUUCUGCGAGGAUCCUGGGCUGCUCCCUGUGGGCCGGCGUCGCUGCGGCCGCUGUCGCCGGCCCGCCCAGCGCCGCCACCUCGACGAGCAGGAGGCCCACGGAGUCGCCGGGGGACGCCGCCUGCGCCAACGGGGCGGCGGACGAGCACUUUUGCCCGCUGGCCGACUGCGCGCACGAGUACAUUCGGCCUUUCUGCCCGUGCAGGUGUGCUGGAGUCGCCUCGCCGCCCGCCGCGGCGCUUUCGGUGUCUGCCAGAGCGACGCCAGCCGCUGCCUCUGAGCCAGCGGCGCGGCGCAGCACGGCGGCCUCGGGAGAGGUGUGCGACGCAGGCGUGGACCUCUUCUGGUGCGGCAUCGCGGACUGCAAUCUGGCCGGGGCCGCGGACCAUUGCCCCUGCGCAUGCGCGACGACCACCAGCACCAGGAGCGAGACUUCGUCCACUCUAUCUCUGACGACGCGCACCAUAACCUCCUCUUCGACAGCCACCGAGAGCACCUCGACGUUGACCAGCAGCACUACUUCCAUCUCCACGGUAUCAGCAACGCAGACGAGCGGCACAGAAACUGGCACGACACUGACAUCGACACAGACUACGGAGACGGGCACCGAUACUAGCUCUUCGACACUGACUCUUAGCACUGGCACCCAGUCGACCACGUCUCUUGCGACGACGACUAGCACGGGCACGAGUGGUACAGAUAGCAGCUCGUCGUCGUCAUCGCAGACAAGUGUUUCUGAAACCAGCUCUUCGACAUCGACGCGCAGCACAGGCACCAGUUCGGCCACGUCUUUGACAACAACGACGACUAUCACGGACACGAGUGGUACAGACAGCAGCUCUUCGACAUCGACGCGUAGCACUGGCACCAGUUCGGCCACGUCUGUGACGACAAGGACGACUACCACAGACACGAGUGGUACGGAAAGCAGCUCUUCGACGCUGACCUCCAGCACACGGACGAGUGGUACAGACAGCAGCUCUUCGACAUCGACGCGUAGCACUGGCACCAGUUCGGCCACGUCUGUGACGACAAGGACGACUACCACAGACACGAGUGGUACGGAAAGCAGCUCUUCGACGCUGACCUCCAGCACACGGACGAGUGGUACAGACAGCAGCUCUUCGACAUCGACGCGUAGCACUGGCACCAGUUCGGCCACGUCUGUGACGACAAGGACGACUACCACAGACACCACACGGACGAGUGGUACAGACAGCAGCUCUUCGACAUCGACGCGUAGCACUGGCACCAGUUCGGCCACGUCUGUGACAACAAGGACGACUACCACAGACACACGGACGAGUGGUACAGACAGCAGCUCUUCGACAUCGACGCGUAGCACUGGCACCAGUUCGGCCACGUCUGUGACGACAAGGACGACUACCACAGACACGAGUGGUACGGAAAGCAGCUCUUCGACGCUGACCUCCAGCACACGGACGAGUCGUACAGACAGCAGCUCUUCGACAUCGACGCGUAGCACUGGCACCAGUUCGGCCACGUCUUUGACGACAACGACGACUAUAACGGGCACGAGUGGUACAGACAGCAGCUCGUCGACACUGACUUACAGUACUGGCACUAUCACGGACACGAUGUCUACAGUGACCAUGACUGGCAGCAGCACAACGGCCACUACAACGUCGACGCGCAUUACCGGUACGGGGACGGGAACGUCCACGAGUGCCGCGCCCAGCGUGACGGCCGCCGGAGGAGUGCAGCGCGCCGUGAUCUCCAUGAGCGUGCUCAACGUGGAUUACGCCGGGCUCAUGGCAGACGAGGCGCUCGCCGCGCGCCUCAAGAGUGCUGUCGCGCUGGCGGUCGCCCUCGAGGCAGGCCCAGGCGUGGAGGCGGAGCAGGUGCGGGUGCUGCUGCUCGAAGGCUCGCUGCUCGUGGAGGCCCACGUCCCCGUAGUCAGAGGCUUGACGUCCGAGGAGCAGCUGUCGGCCUUCAGCCCGCCGUCCACCAUACAGGAGUCCGUGGCGCUGUACGUGUCGGCAGUGGAGGGGAUCUCCGCCGUCUCCACCGGGCCCAUCCUCGUGCAGCAGGUGACGCUCGCGGCCCCCGCGGAGCCGGCGGGCGGCGGCACGCCGGGACCGCAGUGGCUGGCGGCGGACGCGGCGGCUGGGUUGACCAGCGCGGGCGGCCUCGAGGGGGCCUGGUGGACCCGCGGGGCCGCCGUGUCCCUGUGGCUGGUGGUGCUGCUACACCUCCUGGUGGCCUGGUGGGCCAGGC